GCAAUCGGUGUCGUAGAAAUGGUGUGACCAGACCUCCGCUCAUAAAGUUUGUUUUUUUCACCUAGCAGAGAAACAAAAGAAUUGACAAUUUAGCCGCAGAUCAGACGACGCAAAUCCCAAUCCAGGAUGAGGAGCGUCGAGGAGAUCAAAGCGGAGUACCCGCUGCACUGGCACAUCUGGCACAACGAACUGGAGCAGCUGCAGGCGGCCAUCGACCAGAACGAUAAGGAGAAAAUCGAUCCCCGCGGCCGGACGCCACUGAUGCUGGCUGUGAGAUUGGCCAAUUUGCCAUGCGUUAAAUGCCUUCUGGCGGCCAAAUGCAAUGCGACCUAUGAGUACGAAGGCUGGUCGAUUGUCCAGGAAGCGGUCUGCACCGGCGAUGUGGACAUACUGACGGCCAUCAUCGAAGUCCGGGAUCUCCAGCGUCAUGUCCAGCGGGUUACGCAUGUGCCUAAGCUGCUGCAGCACCUAUUGGACGCACCAGAUUUCUACAUCGAGAUGAAGUGGGAAUUCACCUCCUGGGUGCCUCUGAUGUCGCGUCUCUGUCCCAGCGACACCUACAAGGUCUACAAGCGGGGAGCCAACGUCCGGAUAGAUACCACCCUGCUGGGCUUCGACAACAACACCUGGCAACGGGGCAAUCGCUCUUACAUCUUCAAGGGGGCCAAAGAAACUGCCACGAUGAUCGAGAUCGAUCACGAUACAAACGAAGUAAUGGUGGAGGAGAUGAGCAGCGAUAUCGGUGAUAUUGUGGCCAUUCCACCAGCCUUGGGCACCGUGAGGGCGCGCCUCAAUGCCCCGGUGAUCACGAACAACAUCGAGAUGGACAAGAUUAGCUUCGAGCGCAACAAGUGCGGCAUAUGGGGAUGGCGUAGCGAGAAAUCUGAGAUGAUCAACGGCUACAACUGCAAGGUGUAUGGGGCCAGCAACGUGGAGUUUGUUACAAAGACGCGAAUGGAUCACCUUAGCGAGGAGCAAAUUAAGAACAAGACAGCGAGGACUCCACUGCAUAGCCUGCUGGGAAUUGCUGAUGAGGAUUAUGUGUCACCCGCUGAUGCUGCUGCGGCACUAAAAGAUCGUACACCAUCGCCCCGGUUGGAGGAAGCUUCCAACGCUGGAGUUGAAAAUGGUGGCCGAAACUCACCAGCCCCUGGAAAUCAAAGCAACGGAAGCUCCGCGGGUGCGUCGGGCACCAGUACUCCAAAGUCUUCUGUUACUCCGGAGGAGUAUUUUACUCAGGAGUUUGAUCUUCACGGAAGGGAUGUUGGCGGUCCCAAGAACCUGAGCACAAAGGUGCAGCGCUUUAGAGCCAACUUAUGGUUAGCCGAGGAGCAUCCCAUUCGACUGCAGGAACAGGUGCUUCCCAUUCUGGAUCUCAUGUCCACCAUGGCCAGUCCACAUGUGUCCAAGCUGAGAGACUUUAUCACCAUGCAGCUGCCUGCUGGUUUUCCAGUCAAAGUGGAAAUCCCGCUCUUCCAUGUUUUAAAUGCCUGUAUUACAUUUGGAAACGUAUUUGCUUUAACCACGCCCGUUGAUCACGUGGCCACGCUGCAGGAGCAAGAUCGUGUCACUUGUUUGGUCGAUGAUCGCUGCUUCGAUAUCCCAGCUCACUACACAAACAGGGGCAGCGAUGUCCGUCGGCAAAUUCCUCUUGACGAGGAUGACAUGCUACAGUAUGCAAUUGAGCAGAGUUUGGUGGAAACAAGCGGAGCCUGUGGCGUGGACGCUCGGGACGACGACAAGGUGGAUAUCUGGGAAGUGUUGAGAGGCCAAAACGUCGUGGGCUCCGAUCUCCUGCCAGAAGAUGACGAGCAGCUGCAACGUGGCCACCGCUUAUCCUCGCACUUAUUGUCUCCCCAUCGCCAGCAGUACGGGCGGUAUUCGCCCUCGCCCAAACACCAACCCCAGUCCUUUCCCCACUCGCAACUCCAACUGGAGCCGCAGACUCGUGGGCGCUCAGCCUCGGCUGGUGCGCAGUUCAAAAACGAUUUGGGCUACAUGAAGAAGAUCUUCAAGUAGCGCUUAAAAGACACUCUACCCCCACCCUCCUCCUGUCGUAUUGCUAGUUUUGAUCCAAGCUUUGUGUGUUCUUGUGCCCUUUUCUUGUUUCAAUUGCAGAGUCCUGCAGGAAUCGCUGCUUGGCGCCCAUGCAAAUCUCCAAAGCGGUUCGCCCGCCUCCGACGAAGACGACGAUGGUGGCUUCCGGUAUGUGGAUCCCGAUUUGGCCAUGGCCAUGCGACUGUCACAGCAAGAGCAGAGAAAGUUCGAACUGGAGCGGCAGCAGGAGCAGGAGAUGAUCGAGCAGGCGUUAAAGCUUAGCCUGCAAGAGCACUAAUAUACUAUCAGCAAUUCCAAAUUGAAGUUAUAUUGAUUUCAAGUGUAACCUUCGGGCUAAGUUGUAUAAAUACUACGAGUACUUUAAGUUACCCUCGCAUCCUUCUGCGCCCUGUCCUUGUUUUGUAUUGUGAUACAAGCGGGACGCAAGCGGGAAGCAGUCGCCUGGUCUCAACUCGUCCACUCGCAACCGAAGGAUCCACCCUAUAUAUACCAUGUAUCCAAAGUAGUCCUUGUAGUUGUAGCUUUUGCAUUGAAUCCGGUAUCUAUUAUCUAGAUACUAUCUUAAAUUUAAGUGCGUGUGGCGACCGUGAGAUAUGUCUUAUAUGCGAUCGAACCGGGUUAGCCACAUGCUUGCGUGUCCUUAAUCUGUAACCACUAAUCACCAUUAUGCGUAAUUUAUACCAAUAAUACCCACUCACACAUCAUGCGCAUGUAAGCCGACACCUUUUUGUGUAAAUGAAGAAAAUAUAUGAAAUAAUCAUCAGG